GGCGCGACGCCGACCGAGUAUGCUCAGAUGCAGCAGGAUGAAAUCGAAGCCUUGAAAGCUAUAUAUGACGAGGAUUUUGUCCUCGUUCAAAACAAAGGAGCAUGGAGCAAGACGGAGACGGGAUUCAGACUGACCGUGAGGUCUACCGUCGAUCGAGAAACGCUGGUGAUCCUGAACAUCGCCUUCACUGCAACUUAUCCAAAGACUCUACCGAUUCUCAAGUUGGAGUCUAGUCAAGGAUUGCGCGGUACGCCUCGUCAACGGAUCGAAGAGAUCGUCAAAACCAAACCUAAGGAACUCUUGGGUGAGGUGAUGGUUUACGAACUCGCAUGUUCCAUCCAAGAGGCCCUCGACGAUGGAGUUCAAUUUCGAGAGGAUGGGCAAGCUUUGCCAAGCUUUGCAGAGCAACGCGCCGAACAAGAAGCGGCGGCGCAGGAAGAAGCCCGACGACAAGAAGAGCAGAGUAAGAGGCGGCAGGAGGAAGCUAAGGAAGAGGAACAGCGGAUGCUGAAAGAAUUGGUGGACAACGAAUUGUCCCGUCAAUUAGCAUCGAGAAGGAAGAGCAAGGUAUUCGAGACUCCCGAACUGGGUUCGUCGCGGGCCAUGAAUGUCAUCGAGUUCGAUCGAACGAUAUCGUUUGGCCAGGUGACGUUCAACAAAGUGACCGCCUCGACCUGCCUUCGAACUGGACCCCUUACCGAAAUCUUCAUGGUGCAACCUCUUUCCCUUACUACAGGAAGCGAUGACGCAUCAUCGCUGCAGCAGAUCUCGGGGAGCAACGUCAGCUCGGGGUCCCGGCUCUCGCGCCAACUCGUGGUCAAGCGAGCAACAGUGAUCGGGACUGGCGAUGUUAAAGCAUCUGUGCUUGGACUGGAGGCGUCUCUUGAAACACUAAAAGGCCUACCACGGCAAACCAACUCACUUGAAGUUCUAGAAUACAACAUCUCGGGAGGGGCGGAUGUAGGAGCAUGGGAAGUGGUCGUCCUCAUGGAGUACGCAGAUAACGGUUCCAUUGAUGCGAUACUUCGUACCUUUGGGACGUUACCUGUGGGUCGGGUGAGGUCAUGGGCGGCGGACCUGUUGGAAGCACUCGACUACUACCACCGGAAUGGCGUGGUUCAUGGGCGGAUCCACGCUCGAAACAUCUUAUUAUGUGAAUCCACAGUUGGGGGUCCCGCCACAGUGAAGCUGGCCGAUGCUUCUUAUCAACAGAGCCUUUAUGAGACGAAGACUACAGUGUCACCGAAGAGGUCCGCUGAUAUGGCCUGGGCUGCUCCCGAGCUACGACAACUCGACAAUGGCCAUAAGACACGCAAAUCGGAUAUCUGGGACUUUGGGGUGGUGUUUUUGCAAAUGCUGUUCGGCCUCGAAUGUAUCCAAGAUUACGAGUCUCCGAUCUCGCUUAUUGAGUCGAAAGGGGUGUCUGAGCCCUUUGCAGACAUGGUUCGGAAGAUUUUCAGGUUGGACGCAAAGAAGCGACCGUCUGCGUUCGACCUUCUUCCAUCGGAGUUCAUACGAAAUGAUAUUCCGCUAUUGAUGCGGCUGACACCUCCACCCCUCUCUCAGCAUUCUUCCUCUGCUAGCAUCCCGCAGCAUCAUGGACGAGCCCGACCUUCGUUCUCUGGUGCUCCUAUGUUCUCCCGGUAUGCUUCAGAUUGGGCAGAACUGGGUAGGCUUGGGAAAGGCGGGUACGGGGAGGUAGUCAAGGCAAGAAACAGAAUGGAUGGGAGGAUCUAUGCCAUCAAAAAGAUCACCCAAAGUUCUGCUGCUCUUUCCGAGGUCUUGUCCGAGGUGAUGCUUUUAUCUCAGCUCAAUCAUCCAUACGUUGUCCGCUAUUUCUCGGCUUGGCCAGAGGACCUCCCUGCAGAUCCUUCUGAAAGUGGAGAUGAUUCAUUUCCCACACUGUCAGAAGCGUCGGAGGCGACGUCUGUGGAUGUUGGCUCGAAUAUUGAAUUUGGAUUUAGUUCAACCGGUGGUCUUGAUUUUAUCAGCUCGUCAGGCUUUCCGAAGAUCGAAUUUGCUGAAGAUUCGUCCGAGGAUGAGACCGAGGAAGAGAAUGGGUCAUUGAAAAGGCAUGGGAAUCACCAGAUUCCUAGCGAUGCCAGUCGUAGCCCGAAGCAAUUUAGGAGGUUCGACAAAUCUCGAAAUGUGAAGACGACUCUUUACAUCCAAAUGGAGUACUGUGAACGUCGAACGCUUCGCGAUAUUAUCCGAAAAGAUAUCAGCGAAAAUUCGGAUGAAUGUUGGAAGCUUUUCCGUCAGGUAUUAGAAGGCCUCGCGCAUAUUCAUGGUCUUGGUAUCAUCCAUCGCGACUUGAAGCCCGACAAUAUCUUCAUUGAUGCCGGUAAUAAUCCUAAAAUCGGCGACUUCGGAUUGGCGACGACCGGCCAACUUCACGCCUCCGACAGGACAGCUGCCGACCUCCCAGACGGCGAUAUGACCAAAAGCAUUGGGACCACCUUCUAUGUCGCUCCAGAGCUUCGGUCCAAUGCUGGAGGUUCGUACAACAACAAGGUCGACAUGUACUCGUUGGGGAUAAUAUUUUUCGAGAUGUGCCAUCCCUUGAAAACUGCCAUGGAGAGAGACAAGACUAUCCGCGCGCUCAGGGAGAAGGAACAUUCGCUACCGCAAGAGUUUUCUGGACCAGCCAAGGCGGUUCAAGCCGGUAUCAUCUUAUCGCUUGUAUCCCAUCGUCCGAGUGAACGACCCGGCAGUGCAGAACUACUGCGAAGCGGGAAAAUCCCUCUACAGUUCGAGGACGGCACCGUUCGGAUUGCGAUCGACGCCCUUUCGGACCCCAAAUCGCCCCAUCAUCAUGAAAUGGUCUCGGCGAUGUUUGCGUAUGGACCGAAUCAGAAGAUCAAAGACUAUACCUGGAAUGUUGAACGUACACACACAUCUGAGGCCCCGGAUUCGCAGAUGACUACCCUUCAAGGGUUUGUUAAGAAACGCCUGGUCUCCAUAUUCAAACGACAUGGGGCGGUGGAAGACCCUCGACCUGCAACGUUUCCCUAUUCGACACAUUAUGACAGCAACAGUGCCGUCAAAAUGAUGGACACAUCCGGGACGCUGGUCCAGUUGCCAUACGAUCUGACGCUUCCCUACGCACGUUGCAUCGCAAGAAGCGCGCCGACGCACGAUCGGACCUUUGCAUUCGCACGCGUAUACCGGGAGACAUAUGUUGGAGGAGCACCCAAGUUCAGUGGUGAAGCCGACUUUGACGUGGUCUCCUACGAUACCGGGGACUCGGCUCUGGAGGAAGCCGAAGUCAUCAAGGUCCUCGAUGAGGUCCUCGACGAGUUUCCGCCCUUUGCGUCCACGCCGAUGUGCUUUCACUUGAACCAUUCCCGCCUGCUAGAUCUCAUCAUGACCUUUUGCAGGAUCAGCAAGCCACAGUGGCACGGCGUGAAAGAGACUUUGAGCAAGUUGAAUAUCCAUCAAUGGACCUGGGCCCGGAUCCGGACCGAAUUGCGAGCCCCGGCGCUUGGGGUGUCUUCUACAUCGUUAGACGAUAUGGCACGGUUUGAUUUUCGCGAUACCCCUGAGAAAGCAAUGUCGAAGAUCCAGAAGUUAUUCGACGGGGUAGAUCCUUCAUUGUCUGAGAAUUUGAAGCCGGUGUUUGAGCACUUUCGUGCGCUCGUACGCUGCACCAAACAGUUCGGCGUUGGACGAAAGGUUUACAUUUGCCCGCUCAGCAGCUUUAACGAGAAGUUCUACGGCGGCGGAAUAUUAUUCCAAUGCAUCUACGAUAGCAAAAAGCGCGAUGUACUUGCUGCAGGAGGCAGAUAUGAUUCGCUCAUUGAGGAAUACAAGCCGAAGGCCCAAGGGCAUUUUACUGGUUGUCGAGCGGUCGGGAUGAAUUUGGGUUGGGACCGUAUUGUUGCGUCGAUGGGCCGAUAUGCGCGCAAAAUGCCGUCCAAACCCAACUACGUGAAGAAAUCCGACUCCGAAGCCUCCGUACUCAGUCAGGUCGCGACCCGCCGUUGCGACAUUCUCGUGUCGAGCACCAGACCGUCGAUCCUUCGUUCGACGGGGGUGAAACUGGUCGCCGACUUGUGGGCAAAUCACAUCAGUGCGGAGCUCGCCAUUGAUGCUCGGACGUUUGACGAACUGCUGGAGCAUUACGACGGAAGCUCUCACAGUUGGAUCAUCGUGAUCAAGCAUGAUUCUCCGCAUUCCGUCCAGCCCGACCUCAAGAUCCGUUGCUUGGCUCGAAACGAGGAUAGCGAGAUACGCAGUUCGGAGUUGCUAAGUUACCUACGUGCAGAAUAUCGAGAGAGGGACCAGCGAGAAGGUACCGCCACGGCAAGCGCGAAGGCUGCUCACAUGACGAGCACUGGAGGUCGGAUACCGGUUGGCGCAGCAGAGGAUCGAAAGAGCAAUGUUUAUGUCUUGGGGAGUCACCGCGGGAAAAGGAGUGGGAAAUGGAACAUUGUGGACUCGGCAUUGGCAUCCGUUCAGGCACUGGCGGCAUCGUUUUCGUCCGCGCCGAUCGUUGCGGUUGAAGCGAAGGAUGACACGGUCAUUGAGGUGAUCCGCGACAAAACUCGACUUUCCGACCCGGAUUCCUGGCGCAAGGUCAUCCACAGUAUGCCGCAAACGGAGAGGACGUAUUGGACUCAAUUGCACGAGCUUCUAUGCCAGUGGAAGGAGGAUGGGCAGGGUGGUGAAGCAGAGGUUCAUCGCGCAGCAUUCUUAUACAACUGGAGGACAGGAACGACCGCAUAUUAUGACCUAGGUCAGUAG